UCUAACAAGGUUUGACUUUUCUACUGAUCUAGUACAUUUUACGGCUAAUAAUUAACAAUUUUAUGGCAAGAACUGGCAGAAAGAACCUCAGUUCACGGCAGAUGUAUCGGACUAGGUUUUCAUGUGAGGAUUUUUAUUGUGGGUUGUUUACACACAGUAACACUGCAGUCUAGAUGCCAGGCAAAGCAAGAGGCCGGGCCCGUGGAAGGGCACGUGGAGGACGAGAAGCCCAAGAAACAAGACGUCCUGGGGAACAGCAGCCCCAACUAGGUGAAAUUCAAGAACCAAGACGUCCUGGGGAACAGCAGCCUCAGCAAGCUCCAGCUACUCCACUACUGGGCGCAGAAGGUGGGAGUCCACCAGAUCCUAGAGAAGAUGUCGGAGAACCUUUCCCAGCACUGGCUGCAGGAGCCGUGGGUCCAGCAGUUUCUAGUGGACGGGCUGCAUACAGGGGAGGGGCCAGGGAGCCUCGGCCUGGGAUGGCUGGAGAGGUCCCUAGAGUUCCCGUAGAGGAGAUGCAGAGGAUGGCCAUUGGGACAGGAGAAGCCAGUGCGACUGGACACCAACGAGCAGAGUAUGGUGAUUUGACCACCCGUCCUGCACAUAUUAUUGACAAGAAAGGUACUUCUGGAAGACCUAUCGAGCUGUCCGCCAAUUACUUCAGACUGGAAACAGCACCGAACCUUAUCCUUUACCAGUACCACGUUGACUACAACCCACCAAUAGAAUCACGGAGGUUGAAGGCAGCCCUGUUAGGUGCUCAUGAAGAAUUGCUUGGAAAAGUUCGCGUCUUUGAUGGAAUGAUUCUGUAUCUCCUAAAACGACUGCAUGAAAAGAAGACGGAGGUGUAUUCCACCAGACAGUAUGAUGGGGAGCAAAUACGAAUAACCAUAACCUUGACAAACGAACUGCCACCAAAUUCACCACAGUUCAUUCAGGUGGCAAACAUCAUCUUCAGAAGGAUUUUGUCUAUGAUUGACAUGAAGCAGAUUGGAAGAAAUUAUUUCAAUCCUACUUUGUCUGUGAAUAUCCCUAGACACAGACUGCAGGUGAUGCCUGGUUUCACGACCUCCAUCCUGCAGUAUGAGACCAGCGUCCUCCUAGGUAUCGACGUGGCACACAAGAUCCUGCGAACCGACACCGUGCUCGACAUCAUGUACGAAAUGUACGAGAGGGGAGGGGCGUCGUUUUAUGAUGAUGUUUUCAAGAAAUUUGUUGGGUCUAUCGUGCUGACCAGGUAUAACAACAAGACGUACCGUUGUGAUGAUAUCGAGUGGGACAAACACCCAAAAGACACCUUCAAGAUGAGAGACGGAUCUGAUAUUUCAUACAAGGACUAUUACAAACAGCACUACAACAUUACGAUCACAGAUGAUGAGCAGCCCCUGCUUGUUAGCAAACCAUCUAAAAGUGAGCAGAAGAGGGGUCACAAGGACCCGAUUUAUCUGCUGCCAGAGCUGUGCACACUGACGGGUCUGUCUGAGGAAGUGAGAUCAGAUUUCCACGUCAUGAAGGAUGUUGCGACCCACACACGGCUGGAACCAUCAGCCAGAAGUGAAAGACUUUACAGCUUUAUAAACAAAAUUAGUCAGAAUGAAGAGGUUGCGGCAUACUUACGUGAUUGGCGUAUGCGAUUCAGUGACCGACUUAUGAAACUUCAAGCACGGAUUCUCCCUCAAGAGAAAAUAAUACAAGGCAAUAAUGCAGUGAUAAACUACAGGCAAGAAGAUGCCGAAUGGUCACGCGACAUGCGUGGAAAACAGCUUCUCGUCCCAGUCCGUCUGCAAAACUGGGUGGUUAUUGGCACCAGGAGAGACACUGGUUUAGUCACUGAUCUGGUUUCAACACUGAACAGAGUCGGUCCACCCAUGGGCAUGUUCAUUGAUAAGCCAAGAAUUGUCGAAUUGCCUAAUGACAGAAACGAUAGCUACAUUGCAGCUCUGAGGGAGAAUAUUUCACCAAAUGUACAGAUGGUUCUCUGCGUUUGCCCGUCAAGCAAGAAGGACCGAUAUGACGCCAUCAAGAAGACGUGUUGUAUUGAUCACCCAAUACCCAGCCAAGUCGUUCUGACCAGGACCAUUUCCAAGAAGCAGAUGUUGAUGAGUGUAGCCACAAAGAUAGCUAUUCAGCUGAACUGCAAGCUCGGGGGAGAGGUUUGGGCAGUAGAAAUUCCGCUCCAACACACAAUGGUCAUAGGCAUAGAUACGUAUCACGAUUCGUCGUCCAAGGGUCGUUCUGUUGGCGGUGUCGUGUGCAGUGUAAACCGACUGAUGACCAGAUACUACAGCAAAGUGACGUUUCAGCACAAUCACCAAGAGCUCAUAGACGGCCUGGAGCCAGCAAUCAUCGGAGGACUUCGUCAGUUCCACGCUGUGAAUGGAGUUCUGCCAGAGAAGAUCAUAGUCUACAGAGAUGGUGUGGGAGAUGGACAGCUGCCUGCUGUGUUUGAACACGAAGUACCACAGAUGAUCCAGGCUAUGAAGAAAUGUGGAGGCCACGGAUACGACCCAAAGGUGGCAGUUGUCAUUGUCAAGAAAAGAAUCAAUGCUCGUUUCUUUGCUGGUAGUGCUGAGAGAUUUACGAAUCCCCCACCAGGAACUGUUGUGGAUUCAGAAAUUACAAAACCAGAGUGGUACGAUUUCUUCCUGAUAAGUCAAAGUGUGCGCCAGGGAACAGUGACACCAACGCAUUACAACAUAAUCUGGGAUAAAACUGGACUGAAGCCAGAUCACAUGCAGAGACUGGCAUACAAACUGACACAUCUCUACUACAACUGGCCGGGUACAAUUCGUGUUCCGGCACCUUGUCAGUAUGCACACAAACUUGCCUUCCUCGUUGGCCAGUCACUUCAUAAGGAGCCGUCCCCAGCCUUGGCAGACAGACUGUUCUUCUUGUGAUUAAGCUUACUGUGUGUGAACAGAUAUGUAGUUAUGUUUUUUAAAAUUGGAUGUACGAUACUAUCAAGUGAGUAAUCUUAUGUUUUCAGCUAGAUCAGGGGUAAGGAAGAGAAACGUUUGCUUUUACACCUGCUCAUUUGCGAUUUGACAUAAUCUGUGUAUAGUUCUGGCCUUGUUUUUGUUCAGCAAAUGGAAGUUGUUAGCUUAAAGUCGCAGACCCGAUUUUCAACCCU